AUGAAACAUAAGAACUCACGAUUCGGAGCACCGCUACCAAAUGUAACAGAUACUUCCCCCUCCCCCAUUCCCCAGAACUAUAGACUUAAUUUGACACCCAAACCUUCCACCCUGCGCCCCCAUUGUCUUGCGCGAGACCGAUUAAGACUGUGGUUACCAGCGGGAGAUAGUACGAGACAAGAGAUAGCGGUAACCUCACAGUCUCCUAAACACGAAAUUUCGGAGGCGCAGUUAGAACGAAUCCUUGACGUCAUCGGGUCGUCCUGGGCGCAAUCGACAAAAGAAACAUAUGGGGCGGGUUUGCUGGUGUUCCAUGUGUUCUGCGACACAAACAGCAUCGCGGAAGAGCACAGAUGUCCGGUUGCACGCAGUCUCCUUCUCGAUUUUCUCUGCAGUUGUGCAGGAUCCUACUCCGGAUCAUCGUUAGCUAACUACGCGGCGGGUCUAAAAGCCUGGCACUUACUUCAUGGAAGGAAUUGGUUGAUCCCACCCAAUGAGUUGAAAGCGGUGCUAGAUGGAGCUGCGGCUGCAGCACCUGAGUCGUCCAAGCGUCCCAAACGGCUACCAUUCACGCCCGCUUACUUAUCCAUCAUUCGCGACCACCUAGACCUCAAUUCACCGCUAGAUGCGGCCAUUUUCGUGUGCUUGACGACGACCUUCUAUGCAAUAGCAAGGUUAGGGGAGUUCACGGUAAACGCAAUCAAAGAAUUUGAUCCGAAGAAACACAUAACGAGAUCCGGCGUAUCCAAAGCAGCAGACCGCAACGGUCUGCCAGUUACAAAAUUCCACCUACCAAGCACUAAGUGUUCUCCAAACGAAGGAGAGGAAGCAUAUUGGGCAAUGCAGGAAGGGCCGUCGGACCCGAGCGCGGCAUUGGAAAAUCACUUGAGAAUCAAUCCAGCAAACGGUGAUGCGCACCUGUUCGCGUGGAAACACGCCAAAGGACUGCGUCCUUUAUCGAAGAAAGAACUAUUGAAAAGGAUAGCAUCAGCAACAGCGGCAGCAAACCUACCAGAACUAAAAGGACACGGACUUAGGAUUGGGGGAACGCUAGAAUACCUUCUGCGCGGAGUGCCUUUCGAAGUCGUGAAAACGAUGGGAAGGUGGUCUAGCGAAGCGUUCACACUAUAUCUCAGAGAGCAUGCCGUAAUUCUCGCACCUUACAUUCAGGCCUCACCAGUACUGGAACCUUUCACGCGAUACACAAUCCCCCCAGUCCGGUGA